CUUCAACUCAGUCUUUCAAGGGCAUCCAUCGUCCAUCUUCGCAUUCCUUUCGGUCUUCAACCGCCUGCCAUUCUUUACUUUCGUUUUAUUUCGUUUCUCGCCCUUUCCGCAUCACCGGAAUCAUCCCCACAUUUCUCGCGACGCAGGCCGUCUAAUUUUCUGUUCGAUUUUCAAGCAAAUUUUCAACCUACACUCACCAGUCAUUCUCUGUGGUUCAAGGGUUUCUGUCGAUUUCUUCCCCUCUCUUCCGGACAGGCUCCCCCGACCGAUCUCACCGAACCUUAAUUUGCGGGUUUCGAUAGCUCACGAAAGAAGGGGAGAGAAAAAGAUCAAACUAAACGAGUCCGAAAGAAAUCGCGGAAAAAUGGUCGGCUCAGUAGUGGCAUACUAUGUUGGAACAGACAUCAUCUUCUUAGGAACCGGUAUUCUGCUCAUAUCCGCUGCGGCGAUAUGGCAAAAGGAGUUGACGGGGGAUCCAACGAUGGAAUCAGUGGCAAGAUUUCUGCUGUUGAAGAAGGCCCCCCUUAGUGCUGUAAUCGCAAAUGGAGUUAUGGUCCUUGCCGCUUUCCUACUAUCUUUACCUACUUUCGCCCUACCAACUUCGCGAGCAUGGCUCAAGGCCCACGGCUGGUUGGUGAUGGUGUGCGCACUCUUCACAAUGGUAUUGGGAUUGAUGGAAUGGGUCACAACCCUUACUACCCGGGCGAAUCUGGAGACAAUUUGGGGUCAGCAGACUCCUCAGAUCCAAAGUAUGCUUCAACAAAAGUUCAGCUGCUGUGGAUACCUGAACAGCACUUCUCCCAUGUACGUCGUAGAUAGCGUUUGCACGAGUGACAUUGUUGCAGCAUCGAAGGAAGGUUGCGUUAGCCCUUUUGCAAACUAUGCCGAGAGAUGGAUUAACCUUCUCUUCACUGCUCUUUUUGGCAUUGUUGGGAUGGAUGCUGUGCUCAUACUAUGCGCUGCGAUGCUUAUCCGGUACCGCAAGGAGCAACUGCGAUACAGGCUCAUCGAUCAGAAAUGGGGUAUGGGUAAUAUCUAAGGGAUUGGCGAGGCGUGGCUUAGUGACGGCCGGAGGAGAUUGUCUUUCCCUAUGAGCGGUGACAUUUGAAACCGGGGCUUUAUAUCAUAUGGUCAAAGCCAUAGAGCCAUGCUCUUGCCGUGUGCUUUAAUCCACCGUUCGAUGAUGGCGAGACAGGGCGGCGAGUGGGCACGUGGAAGCUGUUUGUUCGGAGGGCGUAUGGUCUCAUUUCCUUUUUAGGCUGCAUAAUACCGGUACCGUGCCAUGUCAGGCCAAUCAGCCAGCAUCCUGUGUCUGUUUCUAUCUAUCUAUCAGCGAGCUUUUUUUUUUUCCACACGUUUUUUUGUUCUCUUUUUUGCUUGUUUGUACUAUUUAUUCCGUUCGAUCCUCACCCUUUUUAUUCUUUGAGGCUAUCGUGCUUCGGUUCUUGCUGUUUGUAUCAUAUUUUUUAUCUGUAGCUUGGGCCUGCUUGCCGGCCCUUCCUUUCUUUGGUUUUUCUUUGUGGCGUUGCUCUUGUUUUGGAAGCAGUCUACUCGUACUGUAUGACAUACAGGACACUGGAGGGAGGAAGAGGUAGAUAAUUUACCAUGCGGUUGAAUAUAUCCAAAUCGAUGAUUGUUUUUACCCCUG